AUGUUAAAAACGUGUCUCAUCAUUAUUUCUGGGCUGAUACUCAUGGCUGAAAGCAUGCCGAAGCAGAGGGGUGAAGAGCGGAUGCGUUUCUUUAUUGAUGAAGUCAAUCGCGAUCAUGAGCCGUACGCCAACCUGACGCUCUACAUGGUGGACCGCUACAUCAGCUCGAAGACCAGCACGCUCAUCAUAAUGGAGAAUUGUGAGCUCUGCAUGCAGGGAUUGCAAAAUAUGCAUACGCGGUUGUUGCGCUACUUCCUGAAGGGCUUCAAUCCCACCAUGUCGCUGCAGCUGUUCUUUGGACUGCCCGAGGACAGGCUGUGGGACUACAACCUUUUCAUCGUUGACUCCAUGCAUGCUUUCAAAAAUAUCAGUAUCAACAUUCCGGAAACCAGUUAUGAAUACCAAUUCCACUUCUUCAUAGUAUUAACGUUGAAGACGAGAUCAAGCGAGGUCGCGGCUCAUCAUAUGAGGGAGAUAUUCGCCGAAUGCUUGCGUUUCAAUGUGGACAAUGUUGUGGUCAUGCUCGAGUUGGACAAAAUGAAAUUCGGCUUUUUCACUUACUAUCUGUAUGAUAGAGUUCACUGCCGUCAAGGCGGAAAAAUUGAGAUUCUUCAUUUCAACACAUAUUUCAAUGGCAGCUUGGCGCACGACCGUCUCUUUCCCCAGCAUUUGCAAAAUUUUUACGGUUGUCCUCUGUCAAUUUGCUUGCAAUUGGGUUAUCCCUUACUCGGUUUUCAUGGCAAUCGCAGUGAUCCGGGUCAUUUGCAGAAUCUGCGCCGACUGGCCGGCAUUGAAGGGGAUCUCUUGAGGGAUCUAUCUAAGGCAUUGAAUUUUCGCGUUAAGUUUUCCAUACCGAAGGAGCAAAGUGUAAUUGGCUCACAUAAAAAUUCGACGGGCUGCUUUGCAGAGUUGGCUGCCGGAAAGGCGGACAUCGCAAUCGGUUGCUUGAGCAGUACGGAGGGUUUACGUCAUGUCUUUAGCAAUUCCGUGUCAUACCAUCAGACCCUCUAUGUCUUUAUCGUGCGUAGUGGCUUGCAAUUUGGACCCAUCAAACAACUCACACAGGCCUUCUGCGCGAACGUUUGGUUAUCGAUUGGAGUCUGCUGUAUUAUCGGCAUGAUUUUCAUACGUCUAAUAAUAAGUUGCGCUAGUUCGAGCGUGUGCGAGAAGUUGGUUGGACAACGCGAACACAGCGACUCCACCAAUUUGAUUGUUGUAAUGAUGGGUAAUCCCCUUAAAGCUUUACCGCGUCGUAACAGCGCACGAAUAUUACUCAUGUCUUGGCUGUUAGCAACACUGGUGCUGCGUAACGCCUAUCAAGCCAAAUUAUUCGAUAGUUUGCGCAUUUCCAGGCGUAUACCGAUACCGCGCAGCAUUUCUGGUCUCGAAGCGAAAAAUUAUAAACUUAUCUCCGACAAAUAUGUAGAUUUCUACCCGAGCAAUUUGACGCGCCUUAUAUCCAACAUUACGCAACGGUAUCACAUAGUGCAGCAGAGUGAAACAGAACGGUUGAUCACUUACUCUUUGCUGGACACUUUGGCUUGGCAUAAUCGUCAAAACUGGAAUACCAGUCGUUCGUAUGUGGAUGAGCCGAUCUUUAACGUACAGAUAUUCAUGUAUUUCCAGAAACACUCUAUACUACGUUCGAUCUUCGAUUACUGCAUAAAUAAACUGAUGACGGCUGGCAUUACAUCAUAUACUGCAGAGAAACAUGUUAAGAGACAUUUCCAGGUAAUGAACGCGUUUUCGCAACGCCUGCCGGCCAUUAGCAGCAACAUGUUGCGGGGACUAUACAUGUUGUACGGAAUGCUUAUGACAAUAGCCUGUACUCUGUUUGCGCUCGAGCUCUUGACUAGAAACGUGCCAUCUGUGAAACGAGCCAUGGAUUGGAUACACUAUGUGGGACGGAAGUAGAUUGUUAGGUGGCUAAAAAUAUUAUGUUAUGUAGUGUCUAUUGAAUGAUAUAGUCACCAAUUUAUUAUGCCUCAGUGAGGGUUCAUAACAAUCGUUGGAAAUACAAUCUCGCUAGAUAGUGCUGUGGAAGGAAUGUGUACUUAUAUAGCUUUAGCUUUUACUAUUGCACCGCCCAGCGACAUUAUGACAUACAUACGUUUACAUCAUUACUAUUUAUUAAU